AUGAAAGUGUUUACGUGUUAAGAUAUUAUGCAUGAAGGAGAACCAAUAUAAGGAUAUUGUUUAAAUUUGGGAUGUUAAGUUUCAAGACCUCAAUUCUGUCGAUAAUGUGGAUUUGAUCCUAAGAAGCAUUCUAAUUGCAAGAAAGAUCUAAUAGGAUUUGGUUAAAUCUAAGUUAUAUCACAAAAUUCGAUUAGAAAAUACUCGAUUUAGCAACACAAUUAAAUAAAUCAUUUACACAAGUCAAAAUAAAAUAUGAAGAAUCCUCAAAAUAUUUGGAGAAUAUGAAAACAUAAUUAGUUAUGAUAUCUGAAUGUUUAAGUCUAUAAGAUUAUUAAUAUAUGAGAGACAAUUUAUAAGUGAUAAAAGAAUGGUAUCAAUAUUUAAACAAUUAAGAGGAGAUUUUGAAGUAAAACUAAAUUGGUAAAUUUUAUAUAAGUAAUAUUAAAGGAACUUAAUUAGUUGGAAUAUAAAAAAUGAUUUAGGCAUUGGAUUUAACUUAAGGAUAAUAAUCUACCUUAGAUAUUAAACAAGAUAUUGAAAAUGCACUUUACUAAGGUAUUCUAGUGGUUUAUAAUAAAUUAGGAAUAUAAUUACUUAAUUAAUAGAAAUGGCAGGAGGCUAAUGAAAAAAUUAAUUAAUCUAUAAAAUUAUCAGAAAAAUACUAAUCUUUGGCGACAUUGUUUAAAAGUAAUUUGAUUCUAUUUUACAUAAUUAGGUAUUUGUUUAAUUGAGAUGAACUAACCAGGAUAAGGAAUAAUUAUGAGGGAUUAGGCGAAAAAAACUAAUAAUAACUUGUUUAGAGAUUUAUUAGAUUAUUCAGAUCAAGAAUUACGGAAAACCCCAUAAAAUGCUUUUAUUUUAAUUGCAAAAAGUAAUUGAAAUAUUUAAUUUACUUAGGUUAUGCAUUAAAUGAAGAAAAAUAAUUUCAAUAGGCUAUUGAGUUGUGCGAAAUAGUUUUAAGAGAGGAUCCUUAACAUCUUCAUGCUUUGUAUAGAAAAAGUAAUCAUUUAUAUAACAAAAUAGGCUUUUCUUUAGAUGAUUUGAAACAGCAUUCUUAAGCUAUUUUGUGUAUUGGUGAAGCUUUACAAUAUAAUCCAAGGUAUAUUAUUGGGUAAAUUUCUAAAGGUAUUAUUAUUUGUUUUCAAUUUUAGGACACUCUUUACAUUGUCUUAAAAAGUAUAAUGAUGCAAUUGUUUGCUAAGAUAAAGCAAUCCUACUAGACCCAAAUUUUGCAGUCGCCUAUAAUAAUAAAGGUUUGAAAUAUCUUGAUUGUAUUAGGUAAUGCCUUAAAUAAUCUUAACAAAUUUAACGAUGCAAUUAUUUGCUAUGAGAAAGCAAUCCAACUAGAUCCAAAUUAUGCAGCUGCCUAUAUUAAUAAAGGUUUGAAAUGUCUUGAUUGUAUUAGGUAAUUCCUUAAAUAAUAUUAACAAAUAUAACGAUGCAAAUGUUUGCUAUGACAAAGCAAUCCAACUAGAUUCAAAUUAUGCAAAUGCUUAUUAUAAUAAAGGUUUGAAAUGUCUUGAUUGUGUUAGGUAUUGCCUUAAAUAAUCUUAAAUAAUAUAACGAUGCAAUUAUUUGCUUUGAUAAAGUAAUCGAACUAGAUCCAAAUGAUGUAGCUGCCUAUAUUAAUAAAGGUUUGAAAUAUCUUGAUUGUAUUAGGUAAUGUCUUAAAUAAUCUGAACUAAUAUAACGAUGCAAUUAUUUGCUUUGAUAAAGUAAUCGAACUAGAUCCAAAUGAUGCAGCUGCCUAUAUUAAUAAAGGUUUGAAAUGUCUUGAUUUUAUUAGGUAAUGCAUUAAAAAAAGUCAAGAAAUGCUAAUCAGCUCUAAAGAAUUAUGAACAGGCAAUAUAAAAUUGCUAAUCAAAUUAGGAGCAAUUUAAAAAUUUAAUUACUGAAUUAAAAAAUAAAAAAUGA